UGGCGCCGCUCCGCCUCGGGUGGCCCUGCCGCCCCGCCCUGGUGUGAUAACUAGGGCUCCUCCUCCUCGUCGUUUUCCUCCCCCUGCCGGUCACAACUCCGGGAACCCAGCCCAAGGCCUGCCUCCCGGACACACCGAGGCUCACGUAGUCUGGUAGCGGCAGCCUCCCCUGCCACCUCCCUCCGGGCUUUCCGAUGCAGCGAGACAGCUGGAGAGGGGGCUUCCCCGCGGCCCAACAGGGUUCUAGCCUGCUCUAACCCCGUGAUGGCUGUGGACAUUGAGUGCAGGUACAGCUGCAUGGCCCCCUCCUUGCGCAGAGAGCGGUUUGCCUUCCAGAUCUCUCCGAAGCCAAGCAAACCCCUGAGGCCUUGUAUUCAGCUGAGCGGCAAGAAUGAAGCCAGUGGGACGGUGGCCCCGACCGUCCAGGAGAAGAAGGUGAAGAAGCGGGUGUCCUUUGCAGACAACCAAGGGCUGGCCCUGACAAUGGUCAAAGUGUUCUCCGAGUUUGAUGACCCGUUAGGUAUUCCACUGAACAUCACCGAGCUCCUGGACAGCAUUGUGAGUCUGACAACAGCGGAGAGUGAGAGCUUUGUGCUGGAUUUCUCGCAGCCCUCUGCAGACUACCUGGACUUCAGAAAUCGGCUUCGGACCGACCACGUCUGCCUGGAGAACUGCGUCUUGAAGGACAGAGCCAUUGCAGGCACGGUGAAGGUGCAGAACCUCGCAUUCGAGAAGAUGGUGAAAGUCCGAAUGACAUUCGACACCUGGAAAAGCUUCACAGACUUUCCCUGUUGGUACGUGAAGGACACGUACGCAGGUUCAGACAAGGACACGUUCUCCUUUGAAAUCAGCUUGCCUGAAAAAAUUCAGUCUUAUGAGAGGAUGGAGUUUGCCGUGUGCUAUGAGUGCAACGGACAGACGUACUGGGACAGCAAUAAAGGCAAAAACUAUAGGAUCAUCCGGGCAGAGUUGAAAUCCACCCAGGGAACAGCCCAGCCACCAAAUGGACCAGAUUUUGGAAUAGCCUUUGACCAGUUUGGAAGCCCUCGGUGUUCCUAUGGUCUGUUUCCGGAGUGGCCUAGUUAUUUAGGAUACGAGAAGCUCGGGCCCUACUAUUAGUGACGGCCUGGGAUGGAGCCAAGCUGCAUCACCCCAGGAUGGAGAUGGAAGCCCAAAGAAAAGCUGAACUGCCAUCGGGCACAGUUUUCGAAAAGAAAGGAUCCUAGUCACUUUUUUUCUUCAAGCAGCCAAGCCAGCCAGGCUUAGAUCACAGAACUGGGUUCACACUCAGAGGAGAUGGGUGUGCCGGUCUGUUUGGCACCCACGUGGUGGCAAUGAGGGUCUGAGCAGGAUGGUGCUGGAAACGGUCUGGACAGGACCCAGGCCUGCAGGCAGCGCUGGCCAGGCCGGAGGAUGGUGGCUCAGUGACGAGGAGCCCCUCUCCCCUCGGGUGUGGGAAGUCAGUCCCCUGGAAAGCCCCCAGCCCCCUCUUCUUGUGGUCUUCCCCGGCCACCCAGGGCCUCCCCGCCUGUUGCAGCUGCCCCGUGUCUACGUGGGCUUCACACUUUAUCUCUGUGCAUUUGAUUUUCUUCCACAGUUCAUCUGCAGUUCAGGAAAAGAUAAUAAAGGCAGAUCAGCUCAUGACGGAGACAAGCAUUUCCUUUUUCUGACCCCACUUAGAUAUCCCAGCAGAGGACAACACACCAGCUAUGAAAAGUCAACCGGCUCCUGUGCGGUGUCACCACCCAUGGCAGGCUGAUGCCAGGCAGGACAGUCAGGAGUGGGACACUUUUAGCUCCACCUCUUGGCGCUGGGGGGAGCUUUCUAAGCACGCACUCUUACUUACCCUGAGUCACCCGAGGGCUCAAUUACAAGACUUGCUGUAACUUGCCAAGCUGGUUUGCCCGUGUCUCUUUCUUCACAAAAGGAUUUUAGGAUCUCUUUUCCUGGAGAGUCAUCUUUUACGCUGUGCUCAGGACGUUUGGAUUUGCAGAUUAAGUGUAUCCUCGGCACCUUCAGGAAGUGCUUGGUUGUAUCUUGACUGUGAUUUACAACAUCCACGUUGUAAACAGCACCUUACAAGCCCCCACGGACUUUGAUUUGGUUGUUCUUACCUAUGGUGUGUGGGUACGUAAAGGGAUAGGGGAGAAGAACCUCACCGAGUUCUCAGAUGUCGUUUUCGCUGUUUGCCAACUCUGAAAUAUCAGAGAUUAUUUGUUCUUAACCACAUUGGACUAAAGCAUUAAAAGUCUGUUGUUCAUACUGU